UCUUCUGUUUCUUAUAAUUAUUGGUGCCUCACUUAAUUAAGAUCACAUCUCCAGAAGAUGGCCAAAAUAGGCACAAGGUUGCCUGGUUUCUGCCUAAACAGAAUUAGGCCUCAUGCUAGAGUUCGUUCCCCUCUAGGACAAUCCAAGCCUGAGACUGUCAGUUCUGUCAGUUCUGGUAAAGCAGAUACAAAAAUUGAGAGUCCUGGCAAUGUCAAAGAAGAAAAAUCCGGUGAUGGGGCGAAACCCGGGUUGGUAAUUAGCAGGAGAAUAAUGGUUGUGGUUGAUUCCAGCCUUGAAGCUAAGGGAGCUUUGCAGUGGGCAUUCUCUCAUACUGUUCAGAGCCAGGACACAGUAAUUCUUCUCUGUGUAACCAAGCCUUCUAAGCAAGGCACCAGUCAAGAGUCCAACAAGAAGACUGUUCCCAGGGCUUGUGAAUUUAUCGACUCUUUGAAAAAAAUGUGUCAGUCGAAGAAACCUGAGGUGGAACUUGAGGUUGCAGUUGUGGAAGGGAAGGACAAAGGACCUACAAUAGUGGAAGAAGCAAGAAAACAGGGGGUGUCAAUGCUGGUGUUAGGACAGAAGAAACGCUCCACGACAUGGCGUCUUCUGAUGAUGUGGGCAGGCAACCGGGUCGCCGGGGGAGUCGUGGAGUACUGCAUCCAAAAUGCAGAUUGCAUGGCAAUUGCAGUGAGAAGGAAAAGUAAGAAGCUUGGAGGGUAUUUGAUCACCACCAAGCGUCAGAAAGAUUUCUGGCUAUUGGCUUAAGCGUUUAAGCUGUGCAUAAUAUAAGUGCAUAUUAAUUUGUCCUUGUCUUGUGAUCAUAAAAAAAAAAAAGUGUAGUCUAAUCUUACCACAUGAAACUAUAUGAUUGUUUCCGUAUUGUCUGUAAAUAAUAAACCAUAUUCAGAAAAUGAAAAAAAAAAAAAAAAGGAGAAGAGAAUUGGGUGUGAAUGAAAAGGUGUGUGGUGUCAUUAUUCAGGCCAUUUGGCUAUUAUGGCUAAGGGAGAGACGAUGGGGUCCCUUUGGUUUCUUUAGGGUCUCUUCCGGAUGCUACAAUUUUGAUUGAUGGCACAUGGAACCAAAAUUUGAUAAGGUCAGGGGGAAACUUUGGAUCCACCUGGAACUGG